AUGGCCUACACGCUGCGAAUGACGGCCUUGGCCGUCUUGGGCUUGAUGCUCACCAUUGGCCAAUCCGCUGCCCGGUACGAUCGUGGCCCUCUCGAGCGGCAGCGCACAUUCCCCCUGCCCGCGAAGGCUCACCUCCAUCCUCAUGCUUGUCUCCGCAGCGAGGUUUGCUGGCAAGGCUUUGCCGAUGACUCAUGCACCCCAGGCACUGAGACCUACUUGUCCUGCGGCGAAGAAAAUGUGUGCCAGCACGUUGACGCCAAUGAGUCUACUACGCAGACUUGCGGCACAGGCCAUGUCACCAUCUCUCUCUAUCGAGGCUCGGAAGAGUGCAUGGGUGACCUGGACUACACAACAUCUGUUCCCAUGGUGGGUGGCGAUCAGCCCCGCUGCCUCCGCGCACCUUGCUGGUGCACCUUCUCCGUCUCGCACGACAUCAUUUCAUUGUACACUCGCGUUGCCCCAGAAUACCUGCAUGGCCCUGGGCGAGGAUACCGGCCAUGGCAAGCUCUACUGCCGUACGUAUUCGACUCAGGCCAGUUGCCCCCAUGCUCAAUUCCGCACUCCCUCAGCCCGCCGGCCCUAUUGGUGACAACUUGCACAGGUGACCAGGAUGAGGCCAGUGACGAAGUCAUUCUCGAGCUUGACCCUGCAAUGGAUGCCACCCUCUACGAGCCUGCAGAUGGCGAGGAAGACCACAUUGGGGCCGGCAAGUGCGAUUCUCUGUUUGUUGGCCUGACCAACAACGGAUACCGUCGUCGCAUCUUGAUUCAGUUUGACAUGACCCCGGUCGAUGAAGCCAACAUUGAAGUUAUUUCGGCUCAUUUGACUCUGACUGGCGCCGAGCGUGACACAUCCCUCAUCCUGCGCCGGGCUGAAAAGAACUGGACCGAAGGUAGCAAUGACGUUGCCUCCAAUUCGAACGGCGGCAAUGGCGCCGUAGCCACUGAUGGUGCCACCUGGUUCUACACCAUGCUGGAAGCCAACGAAACGUGGACCAAUGAAGGCGGUGACUACUACGCCCUGACGACCUCGACGGCUGACGUACAGGCUGAAGGCAACGUGACGUUUGAGGACGUGCACAACGAUGUGCGCCACAUGAUGUCCAAUCCCAACUAUGGCUGGCUCAUUGUUGGUGACGAAGCAAACCCUCAGACCACGCUCCGUCUGCCGUCUCGCGAACAUGAUACUGAUGGCCUUCGCCCCAAGCUGACGGUUAUUGGCCGCCUCACCAAUGCCGCCUCGACUCCAGCUCCCGGAAAGACACGCUAUGUCCGCAUUGUGAUCAAGUUUACUUCGGGUAUGGAGCUGAGCGCCAAUUUGAUUCGCCAAGCCAUUGUGAACGAACUCAACGAGCGCGAAAUUCGCGUCGAGGAGCUCGACGUGGUUGUGGUGCGCGCUCAGUCUCGGCGCCGGGAAACGGCCAGCUGGGUCAUCUUUGUGCGCCUUUUGUCCAGCACAACGGUCAAGGCCACCGGGGAUGCUCUUGUUGGCAUGACCGAAGAUGGCUCGCUCGCGGGCAACAUCGAG